UUAUUGAUGCCUGAUUCCCAUGCUUUCCCAAUCAGUCAUGGCGAAUGUUUUUCUGGAGGCUAGCGUAACAAGAUGAAGUACAAACCUGUGAUCGGUCUGUGCAUUUAAUGGAUAUCUUUAGAGAGGUAUGAAAGACAUUUCAGCAACUAAUACUGGAUAUCUUUAAGACGAUAGGUAUAGAUCUAGCUAGCGUUAGUCCAACGCAAUUUUAGAUGCUAGCUAACGUUAACGUUACGUUAUCGUGUAAUUGUUAGCCUAGCGACUCUCAUAUCGUGACGCAUUAUUCCUGUUUUCAACUUUUCCCCGAAGAGGUUAUCUGUGUUUGAAAUUUUAGAAUUGAACGAAGAUGCCUGAGAAUUAUCGCCCAGAACAUGACUCUAAAAACUCUGACCCCGUUAGUCCCAAACGAAGGCGUCACAGUCGAUCAAGUAGUGGAAGUUCUCGUGAGGCAAGUCCAGGGGUGAAAAACUGGAAAUAUGAAAACUACUUUGUCAAAGAAGAGCGUAAAAGCAGGAGUAGGCCAAGAUUUCGGACGGCUAGCUCACGUAGCCGUUCCAGAUCGAGAGAGCGAUCUAACUGGUCUGAUCAGCGAGAUACUCGGCAUGGGCCUGGCUCGAGGUCUGAGUAUUACGAUCACAGGGAUGAUGCACAGCGCCAACGACAAGAGGCAUUCAAUGCAAGGCGUUUGCAAGAGCGUGAGCGAAUUGGUGAGCUGGGUUCACCAGAAGUUUGGGGAUAUUCACCAAGAGUGAGAGAGCCAGAUUCUGAUGAGCACACCCCAGUUGAAGAGGAUGUGAAAAACAGUAACUCAGACUCAAGUUCUGAAGAGGAGAAGAAGAAAAAGAAGAAGAAGAAGUCAAAGAAGUCAAAGAAGAAGAAAAGCAGAAAACACUCUGAGGACAGUGAAUCAGAGAGUGAUUCAGAAGAAGAAGAAGCGAAAAAGAAGAAAAAGAAGAAGAAAAGCAAAAAGAAGAAGUCCAAGAAGAAGAAGGCCAAGAAAAGUCGCAAAGAAUCAAGCAGCUCGAGCAGUGACCAGUCCGAUGAGGAGGAGGACGUUAAUGAAGAUCUCUGGGUGGAGAAGACUGAAAACAUUGUGGGCCCCGAGACUCCACUCACCCACCUGUCCCAGGAUGACAAACCCCUAGACUUUGGACAUGCCCUCCUGCCAGGUGAAGGUGCAGCCAUGGCAGAAUAUGUGAAGGCAGGAAAGCGUAUCCCAAGAAGAGGUGAAAUCGGACUGACCAGCGAUGAAAUUGCUUCUUAUGAAAAAUCUGGUUAUGUGAUGAGCGGUAGCAGACAUCGUCGUAUGGAGGCUGUGCGUCUGAGAAAGGAAAAUCAGAUCUACAGUGCUGAUGAGAAGAGAGCCCUGGCAUCUUUCAACCAGGAGGAGAGAAGGAAGAGAGAGAGCAAGAUUCUGUCCAGCUUUAGAGAAAUGGUGUAUAGAAAGACAAAGGGCAAAGAGCAGAAAUAAAUGCAGUUGUUUUGUGAUUUCUUUUGUAUUUUAAUUGCAUAUGUGCAGGACAGUAAAUUGUAGUAUAGGGUACCUGCAUUAUUAAAUGUGUACAUUUUGUUAAUAGCUUUCAAAGGCAGUCUUUAAAGAUGUACUGAAAUAAAUGUUCAUUGACUCUUUAUUGAUCCGUAUUCAUUAGGCCAACUGUAAUACACACUUGUACCUGCAGAGUGUAGACAAAUACAGGAUCUGUUUUUUUUUUAAUGGGAAAGAGUAUUAGAGAGGGUUUUGUCUCUGAAGAAAAAAGUAUUUUGGAUUUAAUAAACAUUUUGGUGAAAAAAA